AUGCUGCCUGCUGUCACUUCAGUGGCGGCAGCUUCCCCGCAGGUGCCCCAGGUGUACUCUGCCGAGCCUGACGCCGAGAUAGCUCGAUUCCAGGAGCACCAGCGGACUGCGGCGCGCCCGACCGUGGCUGACGAGGCACGCACGCUGUUCUCGCUCGCCAGGUCCGCGGUGCUCUCAACUAAGUCCGCCGCGGCGGCGUUCGACGGCUUCCCGUUCGGCUCAGUGGUGGAGUUUGCCGUCGAUGCCGAGGGCCGGCCCAUUCUGGCGACGUCGACGCUGUCGCCCCACACGGGCGACCUCAUCGCGGACGGCCGCUGCUCCCUCACUGUCACGGCCCCGGGCUUCCAGAGCCUGCAGGACGCUCGCUUCACGCUGGCCGGCAAGGCGGUGCAGCUGCCGGACUCUGAGCGCGCAGCAGUCCGGGAGACCUUCCUUGCCAAGUACCCGUCGGCGUUCUACGUGGACUUUGGGGACUUCAGGUGGUUCAGGCUUGAGGAGAUCAAGGGCGGCCGCUUCAUCGGUGGCUUUGGCCGCAUCGCAACGAUCUCCGCGGAAGACUACCAGGCGGCGAAGCCUGACCCGAUUUCGCAGUUUGCCGGCCCCGUCUGCGGCCACAUGAAUGCUGACCACGAGGGUGAUAUCCUAGCAAUGGUGAAGCAUUACACAGGCCUCAGCGCUGUCAAGGCCAAGAUGCUUGAUCUGGAUCGCCUGGGCUUCAACCUGCAGGUGACUCAGCAGGAGGGCGAGCAAAGCUUCAAGGUCCGCCUGCCAUUUGUCAGGCCUGCCGAGGACCGCAAGGCUGUCAAGGAUGUGAUCGUGGAGAUGACACGCGCCGCGAGGGGCGCGGCCCCCCAGCAGUGA